UCUGGAGUUGUGUCUUUCUGUGAUAGAUCGAUAGAACAGAAUUUUCGGAUUGUCUUCUUUCGAUGGCAGAUCGACAGAAAUGAACCGUCUUUGAUAUCCUAGACUACACACUAGACUAGACUAGACUAGACCAUCAAAACUUGAACGAGCUAGUAUAUCAAUCACACAUGAGCUUGAGACAUCCUCCCAAAGUUCCAGGCGCCGGCGUCGUCCCAGCCACCGAUGUCGAGAGUAGCGGUAGCGAUAACGACGAUCCUUCCAAAAAGAAGAAACCAAGCACCCUGGCGCUGGUGAUGRCCGAUUCGAUCUGGAUCAUCCGGACGGCGCACGGUCGAUUUUGGCGUACACUGGGAUACGCCGUCGUGGGUGGCACGAGGAUAUUUCGGAGAACUGUCGCGAUGAUUAUGAAUACCGUCGGGUUUGUGUAUAGCGCCGGGGUCGAGCUUCUGUUGACAUCCCGCAACGAGUACAAAAACCAGUGGUUGCCACUAGUGGAGGAACUGAAUCUGUUUCUGCAGACAUCGGGGAUCGCGGUCGAAUUGGAAAGAGGAUUGGCAAACUACCGGUUCUUGAGCAACGUYGCUGUUUUGGCKAGAAUACAGGAUGUAUUGCUGGAAAAAUGUUGGGCAACCAGGGAGUCACCCCAUCUCGAUCAGCGGCAAUUGGCAUCGAUCGAUGCAGCARCAACAACACAGGCACGUGYUACGGAGUUGAAAACAUCGAUCGUAGAAGAUGGRCGGCGCUUUGUGAAGUACGCAACCGCUGCGUACGGGAUCAGCAUGAUCGAUGCCGCGGAGAUGGAAGUACACGGUUCUAUCAAAACGUCCAAAAGGAGAUCCAGCACGACUGCUAUCGAAGCCGGCACCAAGCUGCUAUCGUCUUUGAAGUCGUCSAAGACUGUUUCACAGCAAAURAAGGAACUACAAAAUUCCAUUAGUUUAUACGACGAGGACUGGCUGCUCGGGAGAAUCAGCGAACACAUCGAGAUUCCGGAAGAUGACAUUUAUCCAAUGAAUCUAUCAGACAACCGGGUGGAAAGCCUACGGUUUUUCGUCGCCGUCGAUCACGCCAACAAGGAGGUCGUCUUGAGCAUUCGUGGUUCCUUAACGGUGAAAGAAAUYCUGAUCGACAUUGCCGGAUUUUCCCGUCCGUUUUGCGGCGGAGAGGCCCACUCGGAAAUGGCCAACACCGCGGAGAAGAUCUGGGAGGAGGCGAGCGACCUGGUUCUGGAGCUCCUCCGCCAGAAUCCUGGUUACGGACUCGUUGUGACGGGUCAUUCCCUCGGUGGGGGCGCUGCCUGUCUCCUGAACAUCCUGCUCCACGAGAACAAUCGGGAACGGGCCGGGGGCCGGGCCGUCCGGUGCUACGCGUACGCAUCGCCCCCCGUAUACGCCGGCAACCUGAGCGAGGACGCCAAGCGGGCCUGCACGAACUACCUCCACGGCGCCGACGUGGUUCCCUUUCUCUCCGUGGACUCGGUGCGCCGGAUCUUUGCCGCCCUCCACGCCGUGGAGGAAUCGAAGGUGACCGGGUGGAAGCGCGUCCUCGUCCUCUGGGGGCAGACGGAGGUCCUCGACGCCCCCACGCUGCAGCGCGUCGGGAGCGCCCUCCACGAUUCCCCGCCGGCGACCGAGGGGGCCCCCGAGCUCCUGGUCCCGGCGCACGCGAACGUGUGGAUGCGGUCCACGGCGCCCGAGCUCCCGAAGGACCUCGACGCGAUGAAGGAACUAARGCAGCUGCACUCGCUGCUCCCCUUCGACUUUGUCCUCGCCGACUCGGAAAAGCUCGCGAGGAUGGGCAUCACGUUCCAUCCCUCGAUGGUCACCGACCAUUUCCCGAAUGCCUACGAGUGUGCCCUGCAAAGCCUGAAAGAAUCCCCGUCCGCAGAAUAGGUCCCUGCGGCACGGUUGUAAAGUAUCAAAAGUACUAAUAAAUACUACAAUUUUGC